AUGUCUUCCAGUACAUCUUAUUUAAGACCUGAUUAUAUUCAUCAGUUACCUUCCGGUAUAUCUUCGACAAAUUUGUUGGAUUCAAGUCAGAGUCCAUUGGCAUUAUUGGCUCAAACUUGCAGUAGUAUUGGAAAAGAACCAUCAACGACAAUACCCAACGUUACUUUACCAAAAACAAUAUAUUCAUCAUUAAAUAACGAAAAAACAACGUCAAAACUAAAUGAAAUAAUUAAUACUGAAAAACGUUCUGAUUAUACAUCUCAUCAUCAUAAAAAUGAAAAAUUAUCACCACCGCCGACAACAAAAAUAACAUCGUCAAAUGUUAAAAACAAUAACAGUGGCACAUUAAAUUUUUCAACAAACUCAUUAGCAAAAUCAAAUCAGGACAAUGUUUCUACGUCAUUGUCAUCAUCGACGACAAUCAGUAACGGUUUAGAGAUAAAAAAAUCUCAACAACCAAUUAUCACAUCAUCAUCACGUUAUACAUUUGAACCACAGUCGUAUUAUAAUUCACUAACAAAUCGUCUACAACGAACGACUACUCCAUCAUCAUUGUCAUCUUUUACACACUCUUAUCAUAUGGCUGCUGCCGCUUAUUCAUCAUUACUCGAUCCAUAUUUACAACUUUUACGAGCAGAUCCUCUUCGUUCAGCAGCUCUAUUAGCUGCUUACACUUUUUCAAAAGAUGAAACGAAUUUAAAUUUAACAUGUUCUGAUCCAUAUUGCCGUCAUUGUUUAUUAGCUCAUUCUCAAUUACCUAUACCGUGUACAAUUCCAAAUUGUUUACAAUGUGAAUUAGUUCGUCAACCAUUUGUUUGUAAUUGGGUUAGUGCUCAUGAUUCAGCCUAUUGUGGUAAACGUUAUUCAAAUCACGAUGAACUUUUAAAACAUUUACGUACAGCACAUACGCAGGAUUAUUAUCAAUCGGCUCUGAUACCUUCUCGAGUUCCAACAAAACCCAUACCCACACAACAUCGAUUUCAUCCUUAUACGAAAACAACAACAAAUACAUCUCCAUCAUCGACACCAAAUACUUCAACUUCUGCUGCUGCUGCAGCAGUUGCUUUAGCUAGCCUACCACCGCAUCAUUUUGGAUUCUAUCCCAAUUUACCAUUAUUUGGAUCUCGAUAA